AUGAAUAGGUCUUAUGAUAAGGUCAUAUCAAAACAAAACAAACACAAAACUUAUAACAGCAUAAUUAAAAGCAUCAUUAGUUAUGGUAGUGAAGUAUGGCCUUUGAAAGAAAGAAACCUUAAGUUGCUCGAAGCUACAGAAAUGGAUUUAUGGAGGCGCGCGGCCGGGAAAUCGAAACUGGAUAGAGUAAGAAAUGAAAGAAUUCAGAACAUCAUGGGCGUUAAACACAGAAUAUUAGAAGACAUCAAAAUUAACCAACACAGGUGGUACGGGCACGUACAAAGAAUGGAAGAGAGCAGAAUCCCGAAGAAAAUACUCAAUUGGACACCACAAGGCAAAAGAAAGAGAGGGAGACCCAGAUGGCGUUGGAGAGAAGGAAUAGACGGGGACAUAAGAACAAGAGGAAUAGGCGAAAACCGAGACGAAAACCUCUGGACAGACAGAGACCAAUGGAGACUGGAAAUCAGAAGACGGCGAAGAACUUUAUGA